UUUACAGCUACCGCGCAGGCGUUGUCUGUGGGGAGAAGCUGCUAACUGAUCUGCCUCCACUACACAAGGCUCCAACUAGCUAGCAAAGUAGCCUAGCAUGCUAAAGUCUGAAAAACGUAUAUAAAUCUUAGCUACGUAGCAGAGUCAGGGAAUGUUUACAACGCAGUUUCUGUUAUUUAGCGAAAUACUUGAUGGUGAAAUGAACGGCUGAGAUAAGCUUCGUUGCAUUUAGUGGAAGCAUGGAAAUAAAAGAGUGGGACCUCCAGAUUGGACCAUGAAGCUGUCAGUGAUAACCUAGGUUCUGGAGAAACCUCAUCCAUUCCUAUUCAUUUGAUCACCCCCUCCUGAGAGGUGCGUACAUGGGAUUCCCAUCAAUAGCAUGAAAUAUAAGCCUUCUUGUCAACGUCUGCUGGAAAGGUUAAGUGGUCAAGUUAAGGGGUAUCAGCACUGCUGAGGGGGAAGCUGGCGAUGUCACGGGUUCCCACCCCUCCUCCACCUGGGGAGAUGUCUGCUGGACCUGUGGCGGAGAGCUGGUGUUACACACAGGUAAAAGUUGUGAAGUUUUCCUACAUGUGGACCAUCAACAACUUCAGUUUCUGCAGGGAGGAGAUGGGGGAGGUGUUAAAGAGUUCAACAUUCUCCUCAGGGCCUAAUGACAAGAUGAAAUGGUGUCUGAGAGUAAACCCCAAAGGCCUGGAUGAUGAGAGUAAAGAUUAUCUGUCAUUGUAUUUACUUCUUGUUAGUUGUCCAAAAAGUGAAGUCAGAGCGAAGUUCAAGUUUUCCUUAUUGAACGCUAAAAGAGAAGAGACUAAAGCUAUGGAAAGCCAAAGAGCCUAUAGGUUUGUCCAGGGGAAGGACUGGGGCUUCAAAAAGUUUAUUAGAAGAGAUUUCCUGCUUGAUGAAGCCAAUGGACUACUUCCUGAUGACAAGCUCACUCUGUUUUGUGAGGUGAGUGUUGUACAGGACUCUGUAAACAUAUCAGGCCAGUCCAAUAUGAACAUGUUGAAGGUUCCAGAGUGCCAGCUGUCAGAUGACUUGGGGAACCUCUGGGAGUGUUCUCGAUUCACUGACUGUUCCCUGUAUGUGGGCGGGCAGGAGUUCAAGGCACACAAAUCUAUUCUGGCAGCGAGAUCCCCCGUCUUUAACGCCAUGUUUGAACAUGAGAUGGAAGAAAGUAAAAAGAACCGUGUGGACAUCAGUGAUGUGGACCCAGAUGUGUUUAAGGAGAUGAUGGGUUUCAUCUACACAGGAAAAGCCCCCAACCUGGAGAAGAUGGCUGACAAUCUGCUUGCUGCUGCCGACAAAUACGCAUUGGAGCGUUUAAAGGUGAUGUGUGAAGAGGCUCUGUGCAACAGCCUCUCAGUGGAGAAUGUGGCUGAUACUCUCAUCCUGGCUGACUUGCACAGCGCGGAGCAGCUCAAAGCACAAGCCAUAGAUUUUAUCAACAGGUGCAGCGUCCUCCGACAGCUGGGCUGUAAAGAUGGGAAAAACUGGAAUAGCAAUCAUGCCACGGACAUCAUGGAAACAGCCGGCUGGAAGUCAAUGAUCCAGUCCCAUCCACACUUAGUGGCCGAGGCCUUCCGGGCCCUGGCAUCGGCACAGUGCCCACCCUUUGGCUUGCCACGCAAACGCCUAAAACAGUCAUGACUGGUGCAGCCCACCCAUCCAGACUCUAGGAGCUGAGAGCCGAGGCCACAUGGACACAGACACAAAGAACAAUGAAGAAGAGUGCCCCCCCCCCUUCCUCUCUCACAUGGACACAGACACAUGAAGAGGAGUGAACCCCCCCCAUCCUCUCCCAUCAUAGAAACCACCUGACCGGACCCCCCCCAUCCUCUCCCAUCAUAGAAACCACCUGACCGGACCCCCCCAUCCUCUCCCAUCAUAGAAACCACCUGACCGGACCCCCCCAUCCUCUCCCAUCAUAGAAACCACCUGACCGGACCCCCCCAUCCUCUCCCAUCAUAGAAAUCAUCUGACCGGACCCCCCCAUCCUCUCCCAUCAUAGAAACCACCUGACCGGACCCCCCCCAUCCUCUCCCAUCAUAGAAACCACCUGACCGGACCCCCCCCCAUCCUCUCCUGUCAUAGAAACCACCUGACCGGACCCCCCCCAUCCUCUCCCGUCAUAGAAACCACCUGACCGGACACCCCCAUCCUCUCCGGUCAUAGAAACCACCUGACCGGACCCCCCCUUCCUCUCCCUCCAUAGAAAUCAUCUGACUGGACCCCCCCAUCCUCUGCCUUCGUAAAAACCAAGCAUACUUUGUGUUCCCUCCCAUAGAAACCAACAGAAUGAGCCAGGCUGUGUGAACAAGGCUGGGAGGCUAACUGCUUAACGACUGAAGAAACGUUUGGUUUGGUCCUCAAGUUUUGUUUGCUAUUUUUCUGUCAUUUCAAAUGGCCUUACUCUAUCUGCCAUUGCUCUGGAGCUGUUGUAGUCUGUUCCUUCUAUUCGACUGUGCCUGCCUUGCCCCCCCCAGAAGGCGCGGCCUCGCCCCGUAAAAGGAGCGGUUGCGCCCCCCAGAAGGCGCGGCCUCGCCCAUGCAGACCGGGCUGCUUCCAGAUUGCACUAGUUCCCGUCAUGUAGUCAUUUUGAUAUGGAAUUCUAUAGGGAAGUGUUAAGGGUUUGAUUCAUGGGAAAUAUUAUAUAUUUGUAAUGUUUAGCCCAUUUUAUGACUAGACAUUAAAGCGUGAACACUUUCAGUGCAAGGUCAAUUAUUUACACUUUUUAAAAGAAGAGUAUGCCCCAUAUUGAUGGCACCAUUUCUAUGUAAAUGACAGUUGAAGCAUCUUCAGAAGACGGGCUGUUCUGUGUUCUGGCGUUAAGAGACCCAGGCUUGGUGCUGUUACUACACUCUCUGCCCCUGAACUAGUACAACUAUUGGACCAAUAGGAAAGUCUCUUUCUCCAGUCUCCCAUUGGAUGAACACUUAUGCAAAGAGCAACCUAUAGAUUCAAGUUCCAGAGAUUUAGCUUCCCAUAUUACUACCCACUUGCAAAUAUUUAUAUUCAAUAUAUUGUGGUUAACAAAAGAGAAAUGGAACGACUAAUGCAUGGUCCUGUAUUGUUGAGAAGUGUCCAGGUUCACAUUUGUCAUUAACAAUUUGUAUUCUUCUUUCUGCAAUUAUCUAAAAGUAUCUGUAAAGGAUUUAAAUGAAUUGAGUCCAGUCCAGGUGCGGUCUUGGAGCUGUAUAGGAUGCUGAGCAUCAAUGUCUGUCCCCUUGGUGUUAUAAGGGUCAGAGGUCAGUCCAGCUUCACAUUCUGACCAUUUAGGACUUCAGCUGUUUCUGUUAAUCAAUUGAACAAAUAAUGGUGAAUCUUGCAGUGAUGAAUCGUGUCUGAAUGAGAAGCUGAUCUGAGCCUUGUCCUGAUGUGUUGUAUGGAUGGGUCACAUGAUGGUCUGAUUGGUUGUUGAGUGUGUCAUAGAUGCAGUCACGUGCUGUGACAAAUAAAUGCCUAUUUGGAGGAUUUUGUAAAUUACUGAAAGCGACAUCGUUUUUACAUGGAAUUACUCAGUCAUUCUGUGUUCUGUGGCGAUGUUGAAAAAAGAUUGUUGUCUGCAAGAAUGCCUGCAUUAACCAUUAAAGAUGUUUUACAGCAG